ACCACUUUUGCCUUGCUUGUUGCUUCCCCUCCCCUGCGGUGCGGUCGUGCAGAGCCAACAGCUGCAGCAGCACAACCCGCACCGCAAAGCCAGGCACGCGGCUUCUGGAAGCUUCCCUCUCAUCUGGUUGGUUGGUCACCCACGACCCAAAUCGCCCGCCCGCGGCUCCUCCGCCGCCAGCCAGGCAGGUGUCGUCUCUGCCCUCGGUACGACCGCCGGAUUCGGGCGCUGGGGUGGGUUGUUUUUGGUCUCCCCCACCGGCCACACACCCACACCAGCCUCGGCCCCGCCGUCUCUCCAAGACCUUGGUCGACUCCUCCGCCCGGGCAUGCCCCCCCACCGCCGAUCGCACACGGUCGUAUGAUUGCAAUGAAUCCUGAGAUCGUACUACCGUCUUGGAAACAAGUAAGCUGCCAAAGUGUUUUUCGGCAUCGGUCAAUCCUGUGAAACACUAGACCGCUCAUCACCUUGCAACUGGAAAGGAGAGAGCAAAGUGAUUUGCUGUCUCCUGGUGAUCGAUGCUCUUGAGGCCUAGUGAUGGCUGAUGCUAGCUCAAGGACUGACACAUCAAUCGUUUUAGACGACAUCGACAAGAAUCAGAGGAUGGAGAAUGGAAGUGGUGCGGUUCUACCUUCUAAUUCUUCAGAUAGGUCCGACAGGUCUGACAAACCUCUGGACCAAAAGACAAUGCGACGGCUUGCCCAAAAUCGUGAGGCAGCAAGAAAAAGUCGGCUGAGGAAAAAGGCAUAUGUGCAGCAGCUGGAGAGCAGUAAGCUGAAACUUGCACAACUGGAGCAGGAACUCCAGAAAGCUCGCCAGCAGGGAAUCUUCAUUUCCAGCUCUGGAGACCAAACCCAUGCCAUGAGUGGAAAUGGAGCAUUGACUUUUGACAUAGAAUAUGCUAGAUGGCUAGAGGACCAAAAUAAGCAGAUAAAUGAGUUGAGGACUGCAGUGAAUGCUCAUGCAAGUGACAGUGAUCUACGACUUAUUGUAGAUGGCAUAAUGGCACAUUAUGAUGAAAUAUUCAAGGUCAAAGGUGUUGCUGCGAAGGCUGAUGUAUUUCAUAUACUUUCAGGCAUGUGGAAGACACCUGCUGAAAGGUGCUUCCUGUGGCUUGGGGGUUUUCGUCCAUCUGAACUUUUAAAGCUCCUAGCGAAUCACCUCGAGCCCCUAACCGAGCAGCAAAUGCUGGGUUUGAACAACCUCCAGCAAUCUUCCCAGCAGGCAGAGGAUGCACUGUCACAGGGCAUGGAAGCACUGCAGCAAUCUUUGGCAGAGACUUUGGCUGGAUCUCUUGGUCCAUCAGGUUCUUCAGGAAAUGUGGCAAACUACAUGGGUCAGAUGGCCAUGGCCAUGGGCAAACUUGGGACGCUCGAGAAUUUUCUUCGCCAGGCUGACAACCUGCGACAACAGACAUUGCAUCAAAUGCAGCGUAUUCUAACGAUCCGACAGGCUUCUCGUGCUCUUCUUGCCAUCCAUGACUACUUUUCACGGUUGCGUGCUCUAAGUUCUCUGUGGCUUGCUAGGCCGCGAGAAUAACAACUGUUUUGAGCUCCCUGUGCUGGUUGUUGGGAAUUCCAUGGCGCACUGGAUUGCAGCGAUUGCAUCCCAGAUCAUUCGUGGUCCUGUUUUUUGUUGUAAAAUUACUUUUGGUCUCUGCUUGGUCCAAAAUGUACUUAAAUGGUGUACAAGUAGGUCAAUCCUGUAAGUUAUGGUGAUUUAAGGGUGUGUUAGCAAUAAUAAUUAGAGAAAUCAGGGUCAGAGCUUUUGUUAUUUGUACUGGUUAGAGAUUUAGUCCUAAAUGUAACUCCUGGGACAUGGGGGCAGAAUGGGAAGAGAGUAAUAAGAGUCUUCUAUUGGUUACAGUACUAGUUACUAGUGUAUGUUGGUAUUGUUGCAUCUCAGUUGCUCACUUUUGCUGUUAGGAGAAUGAUUAUUCUAUCCAUUUAUGUACUCUGAAUGUUGUUUCUAA